AGCUAUUUCACUGCAACUUAGCGGAAGUUAAACGCUUCGAUUCAUUUAGCGAAUGAUGACUGGUCAUCAACGUGAAGUUGCUAAAAGUAAAUUAAUCGCCAUUGCGUUUGUUCUUUUGCAGGUAUCACACCUCCCAUCUCUAUUCGAGCUUUUAACAUCGGCGUUUGGUUAUUUUUUCUGUGGUACUUUUAUCUUUUUCUCCAGUACUGCUUCGAAUUUUAUAAGCAGUGCAAGUAAGUUUAUGGCAAAUUCGUCUUUGUAACCUAUAAAAAAUUUAUCUUUGUGGCUGAACUUUGUGUCCGACGCCCCUCCAGUGACUUGAUCCUUAUUUCUGUAAAAAUAGAACCAAACAUGACGCCGGUGCUAAAGACAUGACGUGGCACGGAGACACCACACAAAGCUGUAAUUGAAGUGUAACAUGUUCUUACGAAAUCAAUUACUUAUCUAGCAAGCAAGAAAAUGAUGAGAUAUUAAGGAAAACCUAUCCGCCCAGAGUAUUAUCUUGACGCAGUACCAAAUUCUCUUUACUAACUCACAAAGGAAAGUAUGCCCGGGCAAUUGGACGCAAGAAGUAAGAAACAGACUUCGGGGAGUAAACAAGCAAACUAACAAUGCUCUCUAUAAACAGGAUUAGUUACUCUCCUGGUUGGUCGGCGAAAGCGGAGAAGAUGGGACGCAGUGUUUGUCUCGCUCCUGAACUAUCUUACAUCGAUAGCAGUCGCCAGUUCUGCUGUGAAAUUGUCAGUCAGCCCAGCAGCGAACCAGCCAAACAAAUUCCUGAGUCAAAGCCAGGAACAGUAUCUCAUCCCCAGAUCUGUCCUCAAGAUGAAUCAAACCAUGCCCAUGUUAGCUUCACGCUGUUCAAACCCCUCAGCAUGAGUAACAAGCCUGUGUCCCAUGUCCACGGUUUGAUCAACCUGUUGCUUGUAAAGCGACAAAGACGGGAUUUUAUUGGACCCAGGUCACCACUGUCUCCAUUUACGCUAGCAGGUCCCCUGAACCACAUCCCUCCAUACAGCACCGUGAUGGACCUGGCACUAGCACAGCGCCAAAGGCGAGAUCUCAUGGGCCCCAGGCCUGCUUUGAAUCAAUUCCUGUUUGCAGGUGAUUUAAUUGAAUGAUCUUCAUUGUGUAUGAAGGAAAAUCGAACUUUUUGUAAAUAUCUUUAAGCAUUGAAGCAUCAGCGCAAUACAUUUGGGAGACAGCUUAAUGCUUAGAGAUUUCAUGGGGGAUAAACUGAUCGUUUUUGUGCUGUUUUCCGUGUGCUAGAUUUGCAGCUGGCAGCAGAGUAAAAUAACGUAACACAAAGAAACAUAACGCAACACUACGUAACGCUUCAAAAUGUAAAUGCGCGCAUUAUUCGAACAACUAAUUAACAUUUUCUUUUCUCUUUUCAGAUGAUGCUCUUGAUUAAGACUGAUACGUAGCAGAUUCUGCAAUUGUGUUGAAAGUUUUAUGUGUUUAUUACUUUGGUGCAAACCUUUGUAAAUCCAAAUCAAUAAACCACUGUUUGAUACAAUGUCUCUUAAUGACUUUUUAGCUUCUCUCUUUCAUCAUCAUUUUAUCCCAAUAAGAAGCAAAUUAAACACCACGACUGUUCUGGAAGAAUCUUCUUUCAAUAUGCAUGAUCAAAGAGUUACUCCGUGGCAAAGACUAAGAUACAACAACGUACUUUUUCAAGAGAAUAUCAACGGUUGAUAUUCUCUAGACUUUUAAUAUGCAAUCAAAAGUUUGAAGU